AGUGGAACGGCGGGACAGGUUCAGCGCACGCAGCUGCUGUAUAUGUGUUAAUGGCGUUUCUUGUUUCUGCUGUUUCAACUGAAUUUUUCGUCGAUUCAUUCCCAUAAUUUCGUGUUAAUGAAGGACAAUGUUCAGAUCCGUUUUAAGAAAAGUGACGCGACACGGUGUAAGCAGAAGAUUCUGCACGCGCGUCAGAUUCGCUCCGAGUCCCACAGGGUUUCUGCACCUCGGUGGUCUUCGCACUGCUCUCUAUAACUAUCUGUUUGCCAAACAGCGCGGUGGCACGUUUAUUCUACGCCUCGAGGACACCGACCGGACACGACUGGUGCCAGGAGCCGCUGAUGCCAUCGAAGACAUGCUGGAAUGGGCAGGGAUGGCGCCUGAUGAAAGCAGCCGCCGUGGAGGAGAUUACGGGCCGUACGUUCAGUCUGAAAGAUUAGAGCUCUACACACAAGCGGCAUCAUCACUGCUACACACAGGACACACCUACUACUGCUUCUGCUCCAAUCAGAGACUGGAGCUGUUAAAGAAAGAGGCUCAGAGGAAUGGACAUGUACCACGGUAUGAUAACCGGUGUCGACACAUGCACCCAGAGCAGAUCCGGGAGAAGCUGGAGCGAGGAGUCCCGCACGUCAUUCGCUUUAAACUGGACACCGGCGCAGAGCCCUUUCAGGAUCUGAUCUUCGGUUGGAGCAGACACGAGGUAGCGGCGGUGGAGGGCGAUCCCAUCAUACUGAAGGCGGACGGAUUCCCCACGUACCACCUGGCAAACGUUGUGGACGAUCAUCACAUGAGAAUCAGUCACGUUCUACGCGGCUCCGAGUGGCUUGUGUCCACCAGUAAACAUCUGCAGCUCUUCAGAGCGCUGAACUGGACUCCACCCGUUUACGCUCAUCUGCCUCUGCUGUUGAACCGUGACGGAAGCAAACUGUCCAAGAGACAGCAAGACAUUUACAUCCAGAGCUUCAGAGAGCAGGGCUUCUUUCCUGAAACCUUACUGGACAUCAUCACUCACGCCGGCUCAGGAUUCAGCAGUAAUCGUAUUGGUCGACAGCUGGAUGAAUUAAUUAGUGAGUUUAACAUUUCCAAGAUCACAACACACUCCGCCCUGCUGGAUCUGGACCAACUUGCAGAUUUCAACAGGAUUCAUCUUCAGCGCAGGAUCGAGGAUGAGGGCAAACGUGCCAUGCUGGUGGAGAAGCUGCGUCAGUUUGUUCUUCACACACACGAAUCUCAAAUCGACGACUGUGCCGUUCUAGAAGCGCAGUACAUCCAGAGAGUUCUGCAGCUCAGGAAGGGUCACAUCUGCUCAUUAAAUGAGCUGCUGGGCCCUGUGUAUUCGUAUUUGUGGAUAAUGCCACAAGUCUCCCGUCAGCAGCUGGAGGAAGUGACAUCAGAGGCAGCAAACAUCAUAACAGCGGUCAUACAGCUUGUUGGAGGUCAAAGGUCUCUGACGUCCACUGAAAUGUUGAACUCUGAGCUGAAACUGAAGAGCAGCAAACUGAAGAAAACAAAAUACAGCAUCUUCAUGAGAGUGUUGAGACUGGCCUUGAGCGCACAGCAGCAAGGUCCCAGUGUGGCGGAGAUGAUGAUUUCUCUGGGAGAACAGGAGGUGUGUGCUCGUCUUCAGAACGCUUUACAAUAUCACCUUUAAUAAAAAUGUAUUUAAAAAAAAACUUUGUUUUUACUCU